CUAGAUGUCACUGUGGACCAAAGUUUGCGUUUAACGUGUGAGACGAGUAAGUAUUUCCGCGCAUGCGCGUAUAAAGUAUACGUCAGCUUUAUGCCCUCUUUUAAACCCUCAUCGCUACGUGGCUGUUACUCUUCCGACGCUCCUCGUUAAGCAAGGAAACAUCAAGAUCAACAUGGACCAAGUAAUGCAGUUUGUUGAGCCGAGCAGGCAGUUCGUCAAGGACUCCAUCAGGCUUGUCAAGAGAUGCACAAAACCCGACAGAAAAGAAUUCCAGAAAAUCGCAAUGGCCACAGCAAUUGGAUUCGCCAUCAUGGGAUUCAUCGGUUUCUUCGUUAAACUGAUCCACAUCCCCAUCAACAACAUCAUCGUCGGUGGUUAAAUUCCAACUAAGCAAGAAGACAAACGUCAGAAUCCGGCUUUAGAAGACCGACAUGCAACAUUCUAAAGGGGGAUUGAAGGGGUGACAUUUUUUGACAUUCUGUAAUUAACAUUUCUAUUUUGCUGUGUAAAUAAAAAGCAAAAACCAACAAUA